AGGUCUGGUUUGUGUAUAAAAGGCGAUAGAAGCAUUCGCUCCUUGCAGAAUUGUUCUGAUUUGACGAAAACAUGUUCAGGAUUCUGGUGUUGACAUGCCUCGCUGCUUUGGCGGUGGCUGAGUUGCAUGAGCCCAAGUACCUGGAAGACGGCGUGCAGAGAGUUGUUGGAGGAACGGUUGCCAAACCCAACUCCUGGCCCUGGCAGAUCUCUCUUCAGUACCUGUCUGGCGGCUCCUGGUACCACACCUGUGGAGGAAGCCUGAUCCGUACUGGCUGGGUGAUGACCGCUGCUCACUGUGUGGACAGUACAAGAAGCUACCGUGUGGUUCUUGGUGAGCAUGACCUGUACGUCAACGGUGGAACCGAGCAGGUCAUCAGUGUGAGCCAGGUUUACAUCCACCCCAACUGGGCUUCAAGCAGCGUCGCUAACGGAUACGACAUUGCUCUGUUGAGGCUGUCAUCCAGCGCCUCCCUGAACAGCUACGUUCAGCUCGCCUCUCUGCCCCCCUCCGGCCAGAUUCUGCCUCACAACAACCUCUGCUACAUCACCGGAUGGGGACGCACCGCCACUGGUGGAAGCCUGUCUGCUCAGCUGAAGGAGGCCUACCUCCCUGUGGUGGACCAUGCUACCUGCUCCAGCAGCGGCUGGUGGGGCAGCACCGUCAAGACCACCAUGGUGUGCGCUGGAGGUUAUGAUGAGGCUGGGUGCAAUGGUGACUCUGGAGGCCCUCUGAACUGCCAGGUUAGCGGCAGGUACUACGUGCACGGCAUUGCCAGCUUCGUGUCUGGUCUGGGCUGCAACUAUCAUCAGAAACCCACCGUCUUCACCCGCGUGUCUGCCUACAUCAGCUGGAUGGACUCAAUCAUGGCUUAGGUGUUGCAGAAUGCUAAGGUGCAAGACUGAGUUUGAUUAUGUUGGCAUCUAAAGAAAAAACUAUUCCAUUCGUCUCAUUCUCCAAAAAUAUAAAAAUAUCACAAUAAA